UCUAUUCGAUCCCCUCUCCUCCCUCCUCCCCUGACAAACAGAAUCCCUGUUCCCUGGUGCGUCUAAUCUGUUGGUCUCCCUGCGACUCGGUGCCAAUGGCCGUUUUGAGUUAACCACACCCCCCCUAGAGUGUCAACCGGUGGCACAUCGCAUCUAUCCCUCCGCAAGGCAACCCAGCAAAUAAUCUCCGAUCGCAUAGCAAUGUUCCAUACUUUUGAAGGGUUCGAGAACCCCGGCCUUCCGACUUCUGCGCGGGAACGCAGCCAGCGUCAGCAAUCGGUCGGUCGCCGGGUCACUACGCUACGGGCCUGCACAUCCUGUCGACAUCGGAAAAUCAAAUGUGACGGUGAGAAGCCGUGUGAAGCAUGUAGAUGGUACAAAAAAGCAGACUUGUGUCAGUACUCAGAUCCUCGGCCAUCUCGCAGACAUGUGGAGAAACUGUCAACCACGCUGGACGAGUUUCGCGGGGUGUUGGAAAAGCUUUUCCCUGGCAUUCCCGCGGAGACCCUAGUAAAUUUGCCUCGGGAGAAGCUUCUGGAGCUGACCGGCAAGGGGUCAUCCCAGAUGCAGACGCAGGCGCCACAUCCGGCAUCCCCAGCAACCUCGGCAUCGAUGGAGGCACACGCAUCUCCGGCGUCCAGUGAAGACGGCAACCUCGAGUCGUUGCAGACAAUACCCGAUCAUACAAGUGAUAAUCGCGACUUGAAGAGCCCUGAAUUUACGGGGACUAUAUCUGACGAUGUCAAUGCUUUGUCUCUUUCGUCCAAGCAACCAUCUUCCUAUCUUGGUGUGUCUUCCAUUCAUGCUGUGCUCAAAGUGAUCGUCUGGUUGGAGCCAGGAUCCCUUGGCCACCUCUCUCGCGCUCCAACUGUUGGAGCUCGUAGAGAGUCCGUCAUGGAUAUCGCUUCUCCUGAGGGGCAGAACUGGCAGGCCUACAGUUCCCAGCAAGGUCAUGACACGCCAACACACUCCCCACUACAGGUACCCGAGUCACAGCUGCUCGACUCUUACUUCACCUACUUUCAACCUUUUGUACCGAUGUUGGAUGAACAAUCGUUCCGCCAGACCUACAUGUCUGGGCGCAGGAAAGAUGAGCAAUGGCUCGCAUUAGUGAACAUUGUCUUUGCCUUGGGUAGCAUAGCAGCUUGCCCUGCCGAGGACAUGUCCCACCAAACCUAUUACAUGCGCUGCAAGAGCUAUCUGACUCUAGAAAGCCUUGGGUCUCCACACGUGGAGACCAUCCAAACAUUGGGCCUGAUGGGUGGCUAUUAUCUUCACUAUACUAGCCAGCCCAACCUAGCCUACUCCAUCAUGGGAGCCGCCUUACGCAUGGCGGCUGCUCUGGGAUUACACAAGGAGGUUUCUGACAGUCAGUAUGCCAAUAGCAGACAGAAGCUAUCUUCAAUUGAGCAGAAACGUCGAGUAUGGUGGUCUCUCUUCUGUCUGGACACGUGGGGCGGCAUGACUCUAGGGCGACCCAGUAUGGGUCGUCUUGGUCCGACCAUCACUGUUAAGCUGCCACACUACAGAGAAACAGGAAACGUGCUUGAUAUCCUACCGCUUCUGGAAAAUGUUCGCUUCUGCAAGAUCGCCACUCAGAUACAGGAGGUUCUGGCCGUGGCACCGCUGACCAAACCACAUGAAAUGGCACAACUUGAUGGUCAACUUCUCGAAUGGUAUGAUAACCUACCCUACAUUCUCAAAGACCAUGAGCCGUGUUCCGAGUCGAUUGCAAUUACAAGGACCGUCAUGAAAUGGCGAUAUUACAACCAGCGCAUGCUCCUGUACCGCCCUACACUGCUGAGCUAUGCCAUGCGCCGAGUACCAUACAUUGUGCUCCGCUCUGAGGAGCGAACAGCGAUCGAACGAUGUAGAGAGAUUGCAGAAGCUACCAUCCAGGAUGUGGCCACCAAGGCUCAGUUCCAUCAGAUGUCCGGCUGGAACGCAGUGUGGCUUAUCUUCCAGGCCGCAAUGGUUCCGCUCCUGGGGCUAUUUCUCAAUGACGGUACGGUCGAUGACCCGAGAGCGACCAUCGAGUCUUGCCGAGCGCAAGUAGAAACAACCAUGCUUGUUCUUACACGCCUUGAACCUUGGAGCCCAGCCGCAAAAUCGACGCUAGAGGCCGUCUCCCGCAUAUUUGAGGCCAGCAAACGAGGCUCCAAUGUUGCCGAAGCCCACAGCAUUACCAGUGGGAGUUGUGCCACAUCAUGCGAAGAGUCUACUCCUAGAAUAGCCCCGGGCGUCCUUCCAUCGCAAGCCGAUAUAACUCGGGUGAUGAUGACCCACGAGCAUGGAUAUGUUGAUCCAUUCGAGCCUCCAUUCAUUGACGACUCGGCUGGGCAAUGCCUUUGGGAUUUCCUGAGCUGGAGCGACAGCAAUUUGCUACAAGGAUUGGUCGAUAUUGACAAUGUCAACCAUGCCGCCUUAUUUACUCAGGAGGAGAGAGGUGCCAAAUUUACCAACAAUGACGCGGCAUUCUUUGGCGCCCAAAUGGGGGAUUCAACAUACUUUCUCAACUCCGCGACACCUUUUUACUAGCUCAACUUUUGGUGUUAUGUGAUCGAUUUUGCCAUUCGCUUUAGGGAUACGGGGUGUUUUGUUACUUUCAGUCGUUUCUGGCUUGUUCUUUCUCUUCUUGUUUAUCUACCCUUUUGUCAGCGAUCAUCAGGUUUUCUUCAUGUCAUGUGUUAUGAACGAUGCAUAUACGGGCAAUGUUAUGGAUGUCAUCUACCAAGUACACAGUCUUCGGUAUGACAUUAGCUUGUGA